AUGACCGGCAUUCCGCCGUCUGAAACCUUGCUGGUCGGCCAGUCUCUCGGCAUGGGAUUCAUUGUUGGCCUUGCUGGCCAACUGGCGCUGGCUGAUCCACCGACUGAAUUCAACGCAAUCGUGCUAAUCUCAGCUCUUGCAUCAAUCGAGAAAGUCGUGGUCUCGUACUGGCCCCGGGGAUUAUUUCCUAUUCUUGGUCCGAUCUGUUCCUUGGCUCUGGCACAGAAUUUUGUUUCAAAGUUCAUCAGAUAUUCUUUCCGCAGCGAAGAGAGAAUAGAGAACUUUGUGCGCAACACGAGAAAGACAAAGGUGCUGAUUGUAAGUUCUUUCAAAGAUGCUGAGAUUCCAUUUUUCCACGGCGAGAAUCUUUUGGAAGCUGCCCUGCGCGGGACUUCGAGCACUAUUCUGGAGAAAAACGACGAGUCCGAUGGUCUUGUGCAUUUAAACAAAUAUCUCGGUAAGGCGGAGGACGAACGGAGAAGACUCUUUCAGGUAGUAAGUAUCGCCGAACAGCAGUCACGCGAAUACCAUUUCUACCAGCGCUUUCCCGGUACCAGAGCUCUCGUCGAAGAAGACCAGUCGUCUGAGAACGAGACUGCUGAGGAUGCUGCCAUGAAGAUGCACGACUGGUAUAUCGGCACUAGUUAG